AUGUUAAAUGGGACGAGCUUUAUCGCUGUCGAGGUCGACUCACUGUGUGGGCGAGCUCACCCAACAAGUUCACCUAUUAGUGGGCGAGCAGAGCAAGUCCAUGAGCCACUCACGUUUCACCAUUUUUCGGUUAAAGAUGUCAUUUUCAAGCAUUAUGAUGAGUCAACGAGCUCGCAAGCAAAUUCUGGUCCUUGGAUUAUCAGAAUUGCAUUGAUCUCUUUUGCAAUCUGGUGGGGUGUAUGGGAGAUUAUUAGGUUGAAUCUAUUGAGACGUGAAGGAAGAAUCUUGGAUGCCCUCAACUCAAAAUGGCAGGAAUCUAUUUGCAAAUGCUACAUCAUUUCAAACCUGGGGAUUGCAGAACCAUGCCUUUUUCUCACCCUGGUAUUUCUUCUUCGUGCAUCAUUACAGAGGUCUGGGACACUAAACCGGAAGUCGAAUGCAAGAACAGCCGGUUGUAUAAUUCUUUUUUGUCUCCCGAUGUUCAUUCUUCAGCUUGUAGUUAUACUAGUUGAGCCGAAGUAUAGCAAAAACAGUUACAUGAACAAACUGCCGCCAUAUUUCUUCAACACAGCUUUUUCUAAGACAAAGAACAAUAACAAUGUUACCAUCUGCACUUACCCUCUGUUGAGUAGUAUCAUCCUCGGUCUUUUUGGCACUGUACUGACUACAUACUUGUUCUGGAUCGGGAGGCAAAUUCUUCAUUUGGUCAUCAAUAAGGGUUUGAAGAAGCGAGUGUACACAUUAGUCUUUUCUGUUUCAGUUCUUUUUAUCUUAAGAGUGCUUCUUCUUGGUCUAUCGGUCCUACCUGAGCCAGAAAAUCUUUUGUUUGACGCCAUUGCAUUUAUGGGUUUUUUCGUUUUUCUAUCAUGUCUGGGGGUUGGUAUCUGUGUACUGGCGUACCUUCCUGUUGUGGAUUCUUUAGCUGUGCGGAAUCUGCGAAGUGAUGUGGAGGCUAGAUGUAAUGAUGAGUACAACGACGCAAUUUCACUAAUGUCUACUCUUGAAGAAAGUACGAUAAUUAGUCCAGGGAGAAACUCAGGUGAUUCUCCAAAUCGGGGAUCAAUGGAAAAGGAUGAAACUUCCAGAGCUUUUGUGGAACUUAGCUCCUGCAAUCCUAGUUGGCAUUGAACCCUUCCCGAGUUCACCUAGACUUCCCCCAUUUCCGCGGUGAGCUAUAACUGUUGUAAAGAGUUUCUUUUUUAAUAAUAAGAAUUGGCUAAUUUUGGUUUUGUUCUUGAAAAGUAGUUUGCCUGUUACCCCACCUUGUUUUUUUCGGUGGAACACUCCGUUUGUAUCUGUUAAAUUUUGCAGCUACAAUAAUUUAGGGUUUUAUUUUAUUGACAGUUGCCUUUUUAA